AAAAAACAACCAACCAACCAACCAUAGGAAUGUUGUUUUAAAAAAAAAAAAAAAAAGGCACCCUUUUUCAGGAUUGGGCUCAACAGCGCUUCCUGUUCCCCCCCAGCCCUGCCCACCCUCGCCCACCCCGCGCCUCGCGCUCCUUCCCCGCGGCCGCCCAGCACGGGGCUCUAAGAUGGCGGCGGCCCCCGCCGGCGCCGGCGGGCAGGCAGUAGAAAACCAGCUGAAGAUCUGUGGCUUUAAGAGCAAUGGGGAUGUCAUAGGAUUGUAUCUGGCUAGACAAGGACUAAGAAGUGUCCCAAGUCUCUCACAGUUUAAUAGGUUAAAGUAUUUGUGGCUUAACAACAAUAAGAUACAAGAUUUAAAUUUCUUGAUCAAAAACUAUUGCUUGACUGAACUCUACCUCAACAAUAAUGAACUGACAGAUAUAUCAGGUGCUCUGAAACACUUAUGUUCGUUACAAAUUCUGUUUCUUCACAACAACGAGUUAAAGAAACUUGGCAAAACAGUGAAGGAAUUGAAAGGAAUGAUAAGCUUGCAUACUCUAAACCUAUUCCAAAACCCCCUGGCAUAUGAUCCAGACUACCGGCUUUAUGUCAUAUACAUCCUUCCUUCAGUUCAGCUCCUUGACAGGAAGUUAGUUACACAAAGAGAAAGGGAAUCAGCAUUUCAUCUUUAUAACCCUGAAAGGUCUCUGCUUGUGCAGUCAAUAGCUUUUGGGAAGAGAGUAAAGACACCCCUGGGGGCUCCAGUGGGAUCCAGAAGAUGCAUUCACCCAGCCAGAAGACUGAUAAUGCCCUCAGGUUGUGAAUUUGCAGAUAACACAAAUAAAGUACCGUUUGAGAACCCCGAAGAUGCGGUUUUAGUACGGGCAAUGACAAGAUCUCUAACAGAAUUUUCCUCUGUGGACUGGAACAAGGUAGCUACCUGUCAAGAAAGACGUCUUCAAAAUAAAGCAGAAGAACCCCUUGAGAAGCUGACAGUCCAAUUCAGAUGAGUCCAUUCUUCCUUAAGAAAAAAAGCAAUUCCUCUCUCUAGUGUGGAGCCCCAUAAGUAACAAGUUCAUGACAACAUGCAUCAAAUUAAAUGAAUUUCCAGAAAAAAACUGUGUAAUAUAAUGAAGAAUUAAGAUAACAAAUGAUAAAUGUCAAUGAUACAAUAAAAGUUGCUUGAAAUGCAA